CUGUCAGUGAUCUGCGCCACUGUUCCUCAGCAGCUCAGCCAUUCUGUGAUCCACCAUGAACAUCAACUGUGAACUGGUGAUACUGAUACUUGCUCUAACUCCUUAUGGUCAAGUUCACACCGGAGAAAUCAUUGGUGGUCAUAAGGUUGCACCUCAUAAAAGGCCGUACAUGGUGCUUUUGGAAAACCACCAGCAGAAUAAUGGGAAAACAUACUGCGGUGCCUUCAUUCUGAGUGAGGAUUUUUUGAUGACUGCUGCACAUUGCAAAGCCAAGUCCCAUACAGCUUUUCUGGGAUCUCACACGAUCAGAGACAAUCAUGAAGGCAUAACUGUGGAAAAAGCAUUUCCACAUGAAGACUAUGAUGCAAGUGAUUGCAGCAAUGACAUAAUGCUACUCAAGUUGAGCUCCAAGGCGACUUUCGGUGAAAAUGUGAAACUUAUUGCUGUGGCAGGUGACGAUGAUGGCGUUCUGCCACAAUCAUGUUCCGUUUCAGGCUGGGGAUGUACAAGCUGGGAUGAUAAUCAUAUAUCCAGGGUUCUCAUGGAACUCAAUGUGACACUCAUCACGAGUGAGAUGUGUCCCAAGGACGGCUCUUACUGCUCUGAGGGGGAGAAUGGACCUGUUGCCGGAGAUUCUGGGGGUCCUUUGGUCUGCGAGGAUGAGAAGGCAUACGGGGUUGUGUCCGCUGGCAAAUUAACAAAAGAUGGUCUGGUAUUCCGCAAAUACACAAAGAUUUCUGCCUACAGAAGCUGGAUUGAUGGGAUCAUGAACAAUCCUGGAAAGCCCUAAUACUUAUUUGAUGUAAUCACAAUACUUUUCUUUUUUCUGUUUGUAUCAUAGUGGAGAGCUGAAAAGUUGAGGCCAUUUUUUAUUGAAAUGAAAUGGUCAGACACAAAUAUGUCUUGGCUGCUUGACAAAGAUUUAAGGAAAGCUUACCUCUGCUCCCCGUCUCUGGAACUCAUUGCCACCUCAACUCAGAAACACAGAUUCUUUCCCCCAUUUCAAAUCACAACUCAAAACAUAUCUGUUCAAAA